CUUUGCUUGCUUUUAUUUCGUAUUUAUAUUCUCAUCCCACCAAGAAACCAACCCCAUAGCCAUAACCCAUUUGCCAUUUUCAAUUUAUUUUCUAAGUUUUCUUUCGGUUUAUAAUAAGAGAAAGACCAUUUGCAUUACUCUUCACCUUCACCUUCUCCAUCUAAUCUAAUGUUAAUUUAAUUGACUCACAUUAUCACUCUCUUUCUUUCUUUUACAAAUUCUCUCCCACCCUUGAAGCAAAGGACCCAACUUUCACUUUAUUUUAUUCUCUCUCACUUUUUCUUUCUUUCUUUUUGGUUUCUGCUUCUGGGUUUCUGUGCUUAUAUUGAGAUCUAUCAUCGAGUAUGGUUUUUUCCCAAGACACUUGCACUUAUUCUAAUAACCCACAACAGAAUGCUCUAAACACUAUAGUUACAGAUCACUACUGUGACUAUAAACACUAUAAUGACCUCAAGAUGAGAACAGCUUUGAGAAAGAUGAUUUGGGAUUUCGGUUUAUCUUGUUUUUUGCCUCCUCACAGUGAGAAAGACAACGAUAGAAAUAACAACAGUAAUAAAGGUAAAAACUUGGAGCAUAACAAGGCGUGGUUGCUUGCAGAGUCUGGUGGAUGUGGAGGAGCAGAGUUGACAAAUAAUGAUCCACAAUCUGUUCACUCUUCUUUCAGGUUCAGUUUCUGCUCUCAGGUUGAGCUUGAGUCCAUGAAUAUGAGCUCUUCCGCUUCUGCCACUGUGUUGAUGGUGAAUUUGGACAAUGGGUUGUGUGACACUCGCGCUCAAGACCAACUCAAGUGGAGAAGGAUUCAGUCUCUCGAGAGGAGUAUAUCUCCAGUGGCUAAUUCUUUGAUAAGACUUAGCUAUGGUGAAAUUCUUGCGGCUACUCGUAAUUUUUCGAAAGGGAGAGUUCUGGGAAGAGGAGCCUUGAGCUUUGUUUUUAGAGGUAAAGUUGGGUUUUUGAGGACUUCAGUGGCUAUAAAGAAAUUAGACAAGGAAGACAAGGAGUCUUCUAAGGCAUUUUGUAGAGAAUUGAUGAUUGCUAGUUCUCUUCACCAUCCAAAUAUUGUUCCCCUUGUGGGUUUCUGUAUUGAUCCAGAGGAGGGCUUGUUCUUGGUGUACAAGUAUGUCUCUGGGGGUAGCUUAGAGCGCCAUUUGCACGAGAAGAAGCGAGGAGUGAAGGGUUCUUCGACACUAGCUUGGUCUGUUAGGUAUAAAGUUGCCCUGGGAAUUGCAGAGGCAGUUGCAUAUUUGCAUAAUGGAACUGAAAGAUGUGUUGUUCACAGAGACAUUAAACCCUCAAAUAUUCUCCUUUCUUCCAAAAAGACACCUAAGUUAUGUGAUUUUGGGUUAGCUACUUGGACUUCUGCACCUUCAGUUCCUUUUCUCUGCAAAACCGUGAAAGGAACAUUUGGUUACUUGGCUCCGGAGUAUUUUCAACAUGGAAAAGUAUCCAACAAGACUGAUGUUUAUGCAUUCGGAGUGGUCCUACUGGAACUGCUCACAGGGCGAAAGCCAAUUGAAGCAAGAAGGCCACCAGGAGAAGAGAAUUUAGUCCUAUGGGCAAAACCCCUCUUACAUAAAGGAAUGGCAGCCAUUGAAGAAGAGUUGCUUGAUCCACAGCUCAAAUGCACUUUGAAAAAUUCAACUCAGAUAGCCCGGAUGAUUCAAGCUGCAUCUGCCUGCAUAAGCAGUGAAGAAUCUCGAAGGCCAGGAAUUGAUGAAAUUAUCGCGAUACUUAGAGGUGAAGAAGAAUUAAUUUACUCUACUAGGAAAAAACACAAUUUUUCCGGAUAUAUUGAUUGUUAUCCUCAAUUACAACAAACAAAAAGUGAAAUGAAGAGUCACUUAGCCUUGGCAAUGCUAGGAGUUUCAGAGAUUGAAGACGAUGACCACCUUUAUUGUCGUUGAAACAUAACACAAUGAACAACCAUCUAAUUUUUUUUUUUCUCCAUUAUUUUGUUGCUUGUUUGGGAGAAAAAAAGUGAUAGGGAUUAGAACAGGAAAAAAGUGUUGAAAUUUGUACAUAGGAAAAGAAUGUUUUUCAGAAAUUGUGUGUGUACAUAGUUUUUCAUUUACCUGUCCCUAUAUACUCAAAAGGGAAAAGUGUAAUGGUUUUCGUUUGUAGAGCUUCAUUUUUAUUAAGAUUGUUGAACUGACUUUUUGAUAAAGUUAUGCAUAUUCUUAAUCUUUUCAAU